AUGGCGCAAAAGGACAAGAAAUUACAAGUAACCUGGAAUUUCGCUGAGAGCGCUCAAUACCACGAUGCUGCUGGUAGAGAUCACACCGCACUCGAUGAAACCUCGCGGUCCGAAGCGCAGGCUGCGAGGAUUAGCCAGCAAAAGGAUUUUCCCGGACUCUCGUGGGACGCAGACGACAAGGAUUUAGCCAGCAAAAAGGACCCCUCCGCGAGAACGGGGAAGGAGAUGCAGCAGCUGCGGGUUAUGCCUACUGGACAGACCCUCCAUGGCCACAUAGGAAGGACCGCAAAGCGUGAGGAGAUUUCCCCACCAAUAGACCGCGGUGGGAGGGAUAACGAAGAAGGGCGUGAAGAGCGAGGAGGGUUGGGGCGAGAGGAAGAGGAACGAGGAGGAUCGCGACGAGGGGAGCUGCUCAUAUGCGAGAGAGAAGAAGCACCUAGAAGCACCAGGAGUCCGAAGGAGAGGGCGCACGCAACGGGAUGCAGAUGGAGUUCUGAAGUCGCUAUGAGUCCUAUGGAUCCGAGAUACAGCCGAUACGUAAAAAGGCCAGAAAUCGCAUCGGUGGAGGUUGUAGUGAGGCCAGGGUCAAACAGACAUGAUCGACAGGUGCUGUCCAAGGACGAGUAUCGCCGCAGUGGCGGCCUUAUUAACAUAUCGAAGAUCACAAUCAUUCCCGCACCUUCGCGGGACUUGCAAGUGGCUGCCGUUCAGGAAGUGGAUGGAGUGGUCCGAUGA